CAAACUCUGUUGCUAUGGUGAUGACGCUGGUGACUGGAAACCGGGGCACGUCUCUGUUAACCGUUACUUCAACGAUUCCGUGUCAUACAAGGUAGUUAAUCAUCUAUUACAGCUUUUUGUCAUUUUUCGUAAUAAUUUUGUGCAUCUCUCUGUCGUUUUUCAUAUAAAUUGGAUAAUAAAAGUGAUUUAACGCCUCAGAGCUACAUAUAAUUUGCCCGUUUUCCCACAAUGCAUCGCUUUAUUUUGUCUCGUAGCUCAGGGAGAUGAGAGGAACCUGACACAGCCGCCCUCCUCCCUCCUCACCCGACCGACCGACAGAGGCGAGCCCCCCUGACAGCAUCACCGACAUGCCCCGCAAGCCUGAGCGCACUUAGCCGGUGGGGCUGGAUCACUCAACGACGGAAUACAACCUUUAACAAGAUCCUCGACGAUACUCAUUAUCAGAUAAAGGUGAGCUCUCUCUGACAGUCAAGGUGCUGCUGCUAGCUUCGUUAGCUUUUCGGCUAGGUUAGCAUAAUUUACGCCUGAUGCGUCUUUCCUCUGUUUGGAGACUCUUUCAUUCAAUGACAAGCUACAAUUCAAUUAUUUUAGUGUGGUAUUAUGGUCUAUAUUGUGCUGGCAUUAUCCUGGAUUCAUCCUAGCAGGUUGUCUUUAUUGUCAUUUAAAGGGGUAAUGUACGUUUGGCUGACAUUACUGCUGUUUCUUUGUCAGAAAAACGGUAAAUAUGAGGAUUUUACGAUUCAAUUUGCUUAACCCUGGAUUUAGUUGGAAAGGAGACACAUUAUAUAGAUAUAAUAUGCGCCGUAUUUUCCCGAACACCUCAACAAUGUCAAAUAAACAAUUUUUAUCCGCAGUUUAUUACAUUUAUUCACAUCUAGAGCAGACUGAUAUUUAGUUGACGGAUUUUAAAUAGGAUUUGGUAUGACAAUUAAAUUAUUUUAGUGCGCUCUUAUGGUAUAUUUUUGAGCUGGAUUUAUUCUGGCAGGUUGACUUUAUUGUCAUUUAAAGGGGUCAUGUACAUUUGCCUGAUAUUUCUGCUGUUUCUUUGUCAGGAUAACGGUAAAUAUGUGGAUGGUAGCCGUUUAAUUAUUGAAUUUGCUCAACCCUGGAUUUAGUUGAAAAACAGACACAUUAUAUAGAUUUAGUAUAUGCCGUAUUAUCCCGAAUACCUCAAUAAUGUCUAAUAAACCAUUUUUAUUCACAGUUUAUUACAUUUAUUUACAUCUAGAGCAGAUUGAUAUAUAGUUGACGGAUUGUAAAUGGGGUUUGGUGCGACGAUUCGGUUAUUUUAGUGCGCUAUUAUGGUAUAUUUUUGAGCUGGUUUCAUCCGGGAUUCAUCCCAGCAGGUUGACUUUAUUGUCAGUUAAAGGGAUAAUGUAAGUUUUCCUGGUAUAUCUGCUGUUUUUUGUCAGAAUAUCGUUGAAUAUGAGGAUUGUAACUGUUUUAUGACUGAAUUUACUUAACCCUGGAUUUAGUUGAAAAAGAGAUGCAUUAUAUAGAUUUAAUAUGCGCCGUAUUCCUCCGAACACCUCAACAUUGUCUAUUAAACCAUUUUUGUUCACACUUUAUUACAUUUAUUUACAUUUAGAGCAUAUUGAUAUUAAGUUGACGAAUUGUAAAUGGGGUUUGGUGUGACGUACUUCCCAUUCAGUAGAAAACUAGCUUGUUUGCGGUUCGUGAAACUGCUCCUCCCUGGACAGCACACAGCAUUAGCUGCAAGGACAGGCUUUGUAAUGACCGGACGAAACGCAGUGAUGGCAUCCAACAACAUCUCAUCAGGUCAUAAAACAAGCAGAGACAGACGAGCCCACUACUCAUCAGUGACAGUGAUCACCGAUGUUCGCUUUGAUGCUGAUAGAGAAGGUCAGGUGCUGAAUUAAAACGCAGUCUGAAGCUUUGACAUCUACGUUUCUGUCAGGUGAUGAUCCUCUGGCAGACAUACAGCUCGGAGCAGCAGCAGCAGUUUAAUGUUAACUGGGGGUUUGGGGUGCUGUCCGCAAUGCAGGUGCUGAAAUAACAAGUGUGGAGGAAAAGUAUCAAACGUUCCUACAAAGACUGAGCUGUAUGUCUCUAUAACACUUUAGACAGAGGUUUUAAUGAUUUAGUUUGAUUAUUAUUAUUGUUGUUGUUGUUAUUGCGGUGGUAGAGUUUAGUUGUUGAAGUUCCCUAAAACACCAGCAUAAGUCAGGAUGUGAAUGACUUAUUUUCACCACAUUUGGACAUUUGAAGAAAACAAGAGUCGACUUUUUUUCAGCCUAAAGAUGAACAAUGGACAUGUUUGUUUAGGAGGAGCAGCUCCCUCCCAGAAAGGCCAGCUUAUUCUUGUUGUAGCUAGUAGCUAAUGUUUCAUGCUGCUGCAGUUCAUUGAUUAUUUAUGUUCUCUGUAUGAGGAAAUGCUGGUUUGUUUAUUUAGAAAGCACAGUCUGUAUAAGAGUCACGGUUUUACAUAAAUCUCAGUGUUUGUGAGACAGACGUAGUUAUUUGCAUAUAACCCCCUACUGUGUCCCCAAACAAAGAAAGGUAAACUUGGCCUCUCUUGAGAACAAUGAAGGUGUGUACUCCUCUGUCACCUUCAUGCCACGGUAUGAAACGUGUGAUGAAGUUGGCUGAGGUCAUGUCUUUGUAAACGGGAAGCUAUUCUGGUGAGAGAGAUGCUUGCAGCACAGGGUUUACAGGAAGGACUCCACAUCACUCAUCAAUAAUAGAUGAUCUCCUCAGCCUGUAUGACACACCACUGCCUCUGUUUGGGAUUACUCGUCUUUGUUUUGCUUUCCUCUCCUUUUCUUUCCUUAUCUUUUUGUCAGCUCGCAAUGACAAAAAGUCCCAUUGACAACUCCGAGCGCUGGAGCGUGUCCUGCAAGGUGUCAUGGGAUAUAUUAUUAAUGUAAGCGAGCUGAUGAUGUAAGAGCGAGAGGCUCUGGGAUGUUUUAUUGAAACACACUUAUGUAUGCAGGGAGAGGCUUUCUCUGCACUCAGGCGGGCUGUUGCGGGGAUCAAUGUGCUCUCAACUCUCAGCGCAGCACAGUUGUCUGGCAGAGGGUGGAGAUGUUGGAGCUGAGUGAUUGUUUCUCUGCCUCUGGCGCUGAAGACAAGGACGGCCAGGGAAGGGAGGAAGGUGGGGCAAGACACAGGGGAAACAAGGAAGAGACAUGUUUAAGACUGACAGCCUCCAUGCCACACCCAGUCUUACUGUAACGGCGACUAUUGGGUUUCUUCUUAAUUACUUCUCAAACAGAGAGACACUGACCUGUAGUAAAAAUAACCAUCAACCAAAACAGACUUAUAAUAUUUGUAAGUAUGUUUAAAUUAUUGUCUAAAAAUGUUGUUUUUGUAAUAGAAAAUGAUCUUUAAGGACAUUAAGGAGUGAGACUGCCACCUUGCAUCCUUAUUUUUCUACGGUAGCACAGAAAUGACAAAGUAGUUGCAUUUAUAUUUAGUACCCAUGCUAAUGCACUGGUUGUAAAAAUAAAAAAGAAGAAAAAUUUUUGUCCUGGAAGUUUACUAUUGCUUCACCAGUUAAAGAAGUGAGCUGGAGAGCAUUUUAAAUACAAAUCUGACCGCUAAUUAUCCCCUAAUAUUCCUUUUUUUAACACUGACUCUACCUUCAGAUUAUUUAAACUGAUAACUACGCUCCACCAAACUGAGCUGAAAUAAUUUUCAUUGUUUAGACUCUCAUUUAUGAUUAAAUCAAAACAUCACCUUCAGUUUUAUUUUCAUUUUUUUUGUUUGACCUUGAUUACAGUCUCUCUUCAGAUUCAGUUUCUGACUUUUACUUUGUUUUCUACCGUCUGUCUGUCCUCAGGAAGCCUCAGAGUGGUAGGAAGAGUGUUUUCCACUGUUUGUCCUAAUAAAAUUACAUCAUAUAGUCCAGAUUAGAUUAGUGCACAUUAGAUCGGUGUUACCUUACAGAUGUCUGGCUUCUCACGGCUCACACCGCUCAAUCUCAGGUUCUCAAUCAAUCGCCUAAUUUCAGGGAUUGGCAGAGUGUCUAUUUAUGGUUGGCAGGCCUCUUUUUUUUACAGCCACACCACAACAUUGAGCUGGUCUUAUUAAUGAGGAUAUUCACAGAUGUGUCAUGUGGUAUUUUCUAGUUCCUAUUUCACUCUGUAAAUUACAUUGUCUGAGUUUUAGUUGGCAGACACAGCAAAGUUGAAACACGAUGUAAACAAAGGAAAAGGUUGUGACAGUCUGUUUGACAAAUGGGUUGACUUUUCUCUCUUUCUUUCUCUCCCCUCCUUUCUCUUUUUUUUCUUUCCUUUUCUGUGUCUGGAGGUUAUAACCACUGGUGCCUGUCCGUGACCAUAACCAGCCAUGGCAUCAGCAAAUGUUACGCUGGAGAAUCAGCUGCACAGCGCUCAGAAAAAUCUGCUCUUCCUCCAGCAAGAUCACGCCAACACGCUAAAGGGGCUCCACGCGGAGAUCCGCAGGUUACAGCAGCAGUGCACAGGUGAGCGUGAACAAGCACUUCUCCUCUCUGCAGCACAUUAAAGAGUUUCUCAUCAGGGUAAACGGCACCUUCGUAAACAAACCAGAAACGCUGAUAAUGGUCUCAUCAGUGAGAGAAUCAGACCGAUGUAAACCCUAAAUGGAUGCAUGGACUCUGAAGAAAAAUAGUCGCUGUUAAACCUUUUAAAGGGAACAGGCGGAGUUAUUGGAAAUCCACUCAAGCCUCAGUAACUACAUCCCCCCACUCAGCAGAAGCAGCGCUGUAAAGAUAGAUGUAAAGAUGGUGGCAGAGGAAAAACAGGCCAGCGUUCGCUUUAGCUGCUUUAACGUAUCCUCGGCUAACCUGACUCUGAAGCUGACGUGACGAACUCUCACUAAUCUUGUUAAAAGUGCGCCUCGCCAUAUGGAAAGCCGCUGUCAUGCACCUCAGCUGGUUGGUCCAUGUGAGGAUCAUGCUGUUUAAUAGCUGGACCGCUGCAGCAUCAUGUGAUGAGAACCUAUAAGUAACGUCCUGUGUUUUUUUUCCACAGACCUGACAUACGAGCUCACUGUGAGGAGCUCUGAUCCCUCAGGUGAGUCUCCAUGAUACUUGGCUGCACACACACACACACAUACACACACAUCUGUUUUCACACUGACGUCCGUUGUCAAGAGUCAGAAGUCACCGUCAAUAGUCUAAAUGAUUGAUAAAUGUGAUUAACCGAUCAUUUUCAGCUGUGUUUAAAUUAAAGCUGUGUGUCUGUGGUUUCAUGGAGACGUAGUGGAGUUCAAGUAAAACCCCUGACUAUUAUAUUGACUUGGACACACCUCAGAUACUUCCACAGACUCCUGUUUCUUUGACACGGAUGUUCAUUCCAGAACAAUCUCACUGAAAUCGCACAGAGCAGCAGAAAAAGAGUGAACUCGGCUGAAGUCGAGGCUGUAAAUCUGUUUCGGUGGACGGGUCUGGGAAUGGAGGGCUCUUUCUGUUUCUUAGAAACACACAUUCCCACCCAGGAAGAAUUGCAUUGUGGGACUCCCUGCUGUUCAUUAGACAUCCCACUGCUCAUGGUCAGCUGCCCCUCCCCCCCUAGGUUACCAUGGCCCUGACAUGGAGUCUCAACACUGGUCUGAUUCAGACCCGGCCCCCUCUAUCUCUGCCCCGGCCCCUGGCAGACUGCUUACAGUCUAAUGUACUUAGAGGCUGCCGCUGAUCGCACGGAUGUGUGUCAGUGAAAAUGGUCGCAGCUCACCGGGAUCACAUCAUGCGUGGCUUUGUGUGGCCCAGAUCUGAGCAGUAUUGUUAGGACCUUCAGUCAGAAGCUCUAUCAUGUUAGUGUGGGACAUCGCAGAGAUUGGAGUGCAGGAAAUCAGAUUAUCUGUCACAGCACUAAUGCACAGCCUGCAUCCUGCUUAGUGAGCCGAGCUCAGCCGCUCCAUCCAGGCUGAAAAUUCACUCGAAUGGAGGUAAACGGCUGAGAUCAGGGUAUGUAAAUAUACAACAGAAACAUGCACACUUUAAACCAUAUAUACAUGACACUAUACUGACAGUGAAGUGUGUUUGCAGUGUUAUCUGAUGUAACUGGGUGUGGCCGGGCAGGUUCGUGUCAGUGGUGAUGAAGGUCAGAGGAGAGCGGCGUGCUUUUUGUCUAAUAGAGCUGUAAUGUGAAACUGGAGCUCUGAGUCUCUGUAGGAUCAAACUGUCUCCGUCAGCUGACAGACUGUCCAGAUUCAGUGUCUGCACCUAAUGCUGCUCUAAUGAUCGGUCCAGUCUGGAGAUGUGUGUCUCACAGAGUGUGUUUUUCUCGUGUGUCGACUCGAGUUGUUGACGGUUUUUUUUUGGUUGUGCUUACAGACAGCAGUGAGGCCCGGUGUAAGGAGCUGCAGAGGAGGUGCGAGGAGCUGGAGGCCCAGCUGAAGAAGAAGGAGGAGGAGAACACGGAGCUGCUCAGGGACCUGGAGCAGAAGAACGCCAUGAUCUCUGUUCUGGAGAACACCAUCAAGGAGAGGGAGAAGAAGUAUUUAGAGGAGCUCAAGAUGAAGAGUCACAAACUGGCCGUGUUGUCCGGGGAGCUGGAACAAAGAGCGAGCACUAUAGCCUAUCUGACCUCCCAGCUUCACGCCACAAAGAAGAAGCUGUUAGCCGGCAGCUCGUCUGAAGCGAGUCCUAACGUCAGCCCAGUGACCUCGUACAAACCCACCCCUCCCCCCUCCAAAGACAGGCAGCCUGAAACGCCCCGACGCCGCAUGAAGAAGAGUCUGUCUCAGCCGCUCCACCCAGAGUUAACAGAAGUGUACCGGCUCGGUCCAGAUGGUCGGAGGCUGGUUCUGCGGGAGACGGUGGAAGCCAUGCCCGAUCCCACGCCUUUCCUGCAGGCCGGGAGAGACUCUCCUGAACCGCAGGUGGUGCGAGAACGUCCUGCUGUAAUCCCUCCCAUCGCCUCUGAGCGCUCCCCUGCUGCAGCUCCCCUGGGCGUCACGGCCAGCCCUCGUCACAGCCCCGCCCGGGACCGCCAGUACAGGGCUCACGUGGGCGUGGCACACCGCAUCCCGCACGGCACUCCCUCUCUGGCCCCGCCGCAGGCUGAGCUGGAGACUCUGGCGGUGGACCAGGUCAACGAGGAGAAGGUGGUGCGGAAGCGCUCAGGGGCCGACAGGACAGUUUAACUCUGCACUGCUAACACGCACAUAAACACACACACGCACACACACAUCUACUGUAAACACACACCACUGCAAGAGCAGGACGGAGCCUGACCCACUGUGUAGCCUGCUUUUUACGCAACACUGCAAUAUGACAAAGUGAUCAUUCGUUCACGGUCUCCCAUAAAGACUCGUUUUCUUUACAUACAUUUAAAAAAAAAAGGACGAAGAGAACAAAAGCAUGCCAAACGUUUCUACCCACCUCCUGACCACAGCUUGUAUUAUACACACCUCGACUUUUACGCUUUAGACUCUCACACCGUUCUGUCUCAUGUGGUGCAAACGACAAACCCUCAGCCAAAUCUCUGCAUCAGUGCCUGCUCCACCUGUUCAAACACACGCUGUGUAGUGUAGUUAUUACGAUUCUCCUCUAUCCGCUCCAUCCUCCACAGUCAUCUGGACAUAUCAACAAACACGACAGCCAGAUGUCUGCAGCUGCUUAGGGUAGAUCUGAUAUUAUUAUUAUUAUUAUUAUUACACUCAUACUCUCCACGUCUUCUCAUCCUCUCGUCAUAUCAGUAGUAAAACUGUAGGUUUACCGUAACUGUAGGAAGGAGCUGCAAAAUGUGCAAUUAAAAAGGUGCUGGUCGAAGGUGAGAGAGCUGUAGCUCCACCCUCCUGAUUCUGACUGGCUAAUGCAGCAGUGAUGCACAUGAGUAAAUGCAGUAUAAAGAUGGUGAGCGAGUAUGUUUGUGUGUGUGUGUCUGUGUGUGUGUGUGUGUGAGAGAGAGAGAGGUGUGUGUGUGUGUUCGUGUGUUACAGAGCGAGACACUGAAGGCCUACAGGAGCGUUAAGUCUUGGCUUAAUAUCUGUCGGUGUUAUUUGUGAUACAAGGGCAUUUUUCAGAAACUCUGCUGUGAUGGAGUUUUGUGAUAUGAUGACUAACUGUACUUUAUAAAGGCUGCACAUUUGUAAGGAAUUCUUUUUUUAUUUAUUGUUGAAUAGAGAACACAAAAGCACCUCAGAUUCUGACUGUAGCCACCGCACCGACGACAACAUGACCGGAAUUAUAACCACUUAAUAAUCUGCUUUUCACAGUAAUCUCACCUGUCCUUGAAGUCGAUGUAUAAAUCAGUACAAUAAAGCAAUGCUUUUUGGUU